CUCUCGGAUUGCCUCCACAACGCAGCUCUCAUUAGAGUCACCUUCGUAGGCUAUUGUACCCAACCACAGCCCCACCCCACGCCGCCACCAUGUCCACACUUGAGGAUCUCGACGAUCUUGAGCGCCACGAGAAGGAAGAGAAGAAGGAUGAGGACAAGAAAAAGGACGGUGAUGCUGGCAAAGAUGGAAAGAAGGCCGAUGGCGACGCAGAAAUGGAAGACGCUGAGCCAGAGGAGGAGCCACUUGACGAGGAGAUCCUAAACUCAAGCACACGAGACAUCAUCGCGCGGAGACGAUUACUGGAGAACGACAUGCGCAUCAUGAAGAGCGAGUUCCAGAGGCUUACACACGAGAAGGCGUCGAUGAACGAGAAGAUCAAGGACAACCUAGACAAGAUCGAGAACAACAGGCAACUGCCGUACCUUGUCGGCAACGUCGUCGAGAUAUUAGACCUGGACGUCGAAGCAGAAGCCAAGGAAGAGGGUGCGAACAUCGACUUGGACGCCACCCGUGUGGGCAAGUCGGCGGUUAUCAAGACGUCUACGAGACAAACUAUCUUCCUGCCCCUCAUCGGUCUGGUGGACCACGAGAAGCUCAAGCCUGGUGACCUGAUCGGUGUGAAUAAGGAUUCGUACCUUGUUCUCGACACACUCCCCGCUGAGUACGACAGCCGAGUAAAGGCCAUGGAGGUUGAUGAGAAACCGACGGAGAAGUACACAGACGUUGGUGGCCUGGACAAGCAGAUUGAGGAGCUAGUCGAGGCUGUCGUCUGGCCCAUGAAGGAGGCCGAGCGAUUCAAGAAGAUCGGCAUCAAGGCGCCAAAGGGCGCACUGAUGUACGGCCCUCCCGGUACCGGCAAGACCCUCCUCGCACGAGCCUGCGCCGCGCAGACCGACGCCACCUUUCUCAAGCUCGCAGGCCCGCAACUAGUGCAGAUGUUCAUAGGAGACGGAGCAAAGCUGGUGCGCGACUGCUUUGCCCUGGCAAAGGAGAAGGCACCCUCAAUCAUCUUCAUCGACGAACUCGACGCCGUCGGCACAAAACGUUUCGACUCGGAGAAGUCCGGUGACCGAGAAGUUCAGCGAACCAUGUUGGAGCUUCUCAACCAGCUUGACGGUUUCGCAUCUGACGACCGUGUCAAGGUCCUCGCUGCUACCAACCGUGUCGACGUUCUGGACCCCGCGCUCCUUCGUUCCGGUCGUCUGGAUAGGAAGAUCGAGUUCCCGCUGCCGAAUGAGGAGGCCCGCGCCCAGAUUCUGCGCAUCCACUCGCGAAAGAUGACUGUCGAUGAGGGGGUCAACUGGCAGGAGUUGGCGCGCAGUACCGAUGAGUUCGGUGGUGCGCAGCUCAAGGCCGUCUGUGUCGAGGCUGGUAUGAUUGCUCUGCGAUCAGGUCAGCAGAAGAUCAGCCACGAGCACUACGUCGAUGCUAUUGCUGAGGUGCAGGCGAAGAAGAAGGACACUGUCAACUUCUACGCUUAAGUGCGUGGAUUGGGCUGUGUGGGUUGGAAGCAUGUGCACGCUGUUGGGCGACACUUGUACUACAAGAUAGAGUUCGUCACGACACCACAAAUCUAAUGACAUCGAUUCAAAAACCUCGGUUGUUCGUGAUCUCGCACCCACCGUACCAUCAUCACUUUCUGGUAUGUGUCCCUGGCUAAAUACGUUUGGAGGAGGAAGAUUCUGGUGAUGCGUUUCAAAGAGACUACUUCUUGAUUCCUGAAUGAU